CCUCGGCAUCCCCGACUUACUCUGUUCAGUGCCGUCAUCGACGCAAGUCCGGGAUCAUAUAUCCUUACCACAGCAAGUCAGCAGCGGCGCUGAAUAACAGCUGAGACUCAAUCAUGGAAAACGCCGCCUCCGAUGAGCGACUUGUCAACGAAGAGUACAAGAUCUGGAAGAAGAACACUCCGUUCUUGUACGAUUUGGUUGUGACCAAGGCUCUGGAAUGGCCAUCGCUCACGUGCCAAUGGCUUCCGUACAAGCGAGAGAAGACUGCAGGCGAUUAUUCUGUCGAGAAACUUAUUCUUGGAACGCACACAUCUGAUGGAGAGCAGAAUCAUCUGAUGAUUGCCGAGGCUCGUAUUCCCAACGAUAACGCUGAGGUGGAUGGAACAAAAUAUCAAGAUCGCGAGGGAGCAGACGAUCAGGGAGGGUACAAAACGGGACAAUACGGCAAGAUUGAGGUUAUCCAAAAGAUCAAUCACGAUGGUGAAGUGAACCGCGCACGCUAUAUGCCUCAAAACCCUUUUAUCAUCGCGACAAAAACAAUUCAAUCAGAUUUGUUUAUAUUCGACACGUCUAGGCAUCAUUUCAAACCACCAGCUGACGGUAAGUGCACACCGCAGCUGCGGCUUCGUGGACAUAAGAAGGAAGGUUAUGGUGUAUCAUGGAGUCCUCGGGAACAAGGGAAGCUGAUAUCUGGUGCCGAGGACAAACUGAUCUGCCACUGGGAUAUUCAGUCUCCAAGCAUAAAAGGGGGCGGAUCACUAGAUCCGACCUGCAUCUACGAAGGGCAUACAGAUGUCGUGGAAGAUGUCGCAUGGCACGUCUUCCAUAGCAAUAUUUUCUCGUCCGUUGGCGAUGAUCGCAAGCUGCUUAUUUGGGAUACGCGGGAAAAGGAUCGCAAAAAGCCUCUCCACAAAAUCGACGCCCACAAAGGCGAGAUUAACUGUGUCAGCUUCAAUCCGUUUUCAGAAUUCGUGCUUGCGACCGGGUCAGCUGACCGAACCGUUGCACUGUGGGAUAUGAGGAAUCUGUCACUGAAGGUGCACUCUUUCGAAAACCAUGCGGAUGAAAUUCUGCAGGUCGAGUGGAGUCCUUUCAGUGAGGCCAUCUUAGCAUCUGGUAGCGCUGAUCGCCGUAUCAACAUGUGGAAUCUGGCGAAGAUUGGUGAGGAACAGGAUCCCGAGGACGCCGAAGAUGGUCCUCCUGAGCUGUUGUUUAUUCAUGGGGGGCACACGAAUAAGGUGUCUGACUUCUCAUGGAACAUGAACGAACCGUGGGUGGUUGCGUCUGUAGCUGAGGACAACAUACUCCAGAUCUGGUCGAUGGCAGAACAUAUCUAUGAAGAGGACGAUGGAGAGGAAAAGAAGGACAAGAUGGACACGGACAAGCCAAUGACAGACGUGGAAAAGAAGCUUCAUGACCAGGAAAAGCCCGUUGCUGAUGAAGAUCUUGAAUAAAUACGGCAAUAUGAAAGCUCUGCACCGCAGCUAUCAUUAGCAA